AUGCCCGGGGAAGCUGCCCGCGCCGAGUUGCUGCUGCCGGAGGCGGGCGGGCCCGGGCCCCGCACAGAGUCAUCCUGUGAUGUGGCCUCGGCCUCCACCCCUAGAGGGGACCGGCUGGAGCACUGUGCCCUGAGCCCGGGUCCUGGCGGCCUAGCCCUCGAGUUCCUACCCAGCAAGCCGGGCGCCCGGCCCCCGCCAGAGGGCGCCAGCUGGGAUGCAGGGCCGCGCGGCACCCCCUCGGCCUGGGCUGUUCCCGCAGAAGGCAGCCCCAGCCCUGGGCCACCCGAAGCCCGGCCCGCCGGGGGUCCCCCUCCAGCUACCCUGGAGCCCCGGAUCGUGAUGGGCGAGGAGACCCGCCGGGUGCCCCUGCCACCCAGGGCAGCCCUGCCAGAGCUCAGGGACCGGGAAGGUGGGCAUCCCAGCCUGAACCCACCCUCCGAGUUGUGUUCUCAGGGUGACCCUCCUGUGCCUUGCCCUGCCCCAGACCCCGACUCCUACUUCACGCCUCCCUCCACCCCCACCGAGACCACCUGUGCCCUGCUCCUCGGCGCGGGGCCCCGCAGGGACGCCCGGGACACCCAGGCUGAGCUGGGGGACUCGCCGCCAGCCUCGCCCUCGGGCUCUUACAUCACAGCGGAUGGCGACAGCUGGGCCUCGUCCCCGUCCUGUUCCCUGAGCCUGCUGGUCCCCGCCGAAGGGCUGGACGUCCCCUCAGGCUGGGGCUUCUCCCUGCCGGGGUCUGUGGCGGACGAGCAGGAGCCAUCCCCUGCCGGGCCCCCAGGGCCCCCGUCCCCGGAGUCCAGCAUCUCGGCAGACAGCAGCUCUUCCUGGGGCCAGGAUGGCCACUUCUUCGAGCUGGACUUCCUGGCCAACGACCCAAUGAUCCCCGCCUCCCUCCUGCCUUUCCGGGGCAGCCUCCUCUUCCAGGUGGAGGCCGUGGAGGUGACGCCGAGGGCCCCUGAGGAGGAGGAAGAGGAGGAGGAAGAGGAGGAGGAGGACGGCCGGGACUCUGCAGGGGACCCAGCCGGGGAGGGCGAGGACGACAGCACGUUCGCCUCCUCCCUGCAGUCAUUGUCCGACCUCUCCAUCACCGAAGGCAUGGACGAGGCCUUCGCCUUCCGGGACGACACCUCAGCGGCCUCGUCCGACCCCGACUCUGCCUCCUACGCGGGGGCAGACGAUGAGAGGCUGUACAGCGGGGAGCCCCAUGCACAGCCCGCCGCCCUGCUCCAGGACGGCCCUGGGGGGCCGCCCGCUCCUGGGAUCUCUGAGGGAGAGGCUGGCCGGGCCAUGGAGGGCCACGAACCGGGUGCCCAGGAGACAGGGGCGGUCCCUGCUCCUGCCCUGCAGGAAGCCCCAGGCCGCCCCUGGGUGACCUUGCAGGCCUGGGGGGAGGAGGCGGGCUCCAUCCUGGGCCCAGCGCCUGUUGCCACAGACACGCUUCAGCCCCUGCAGUUGGAGGACGGCGCUGCCGUAGGCCUGGCCCCUUGCACUGCCCCAGAAGAGGGGGACCUCACACCAAGCCCAGACUCUCCGCAGACCCUGAAGCAAGAAGCAGGCCAGGACCCUGACUCUGUGGCCCCAGCCCGGCCCCCACAGGACACAGGCCUCCCCUUGGGCCGGGGACCUGCUGCUGCGGCCAGGCUUCAGAAGCUGCACGUACACACCCCAAAGAUCAAGCCUGUGGUCACCGCAGCCCAGCAGGAAGGACAAACAACCUUGGAACCGAGGCCGGCACCUGAGGAGAGGGACACAAGACACGCUGGAGGCCCGGAGCCUUCGGCCUGGAACCAAGCCCAGCUGGAAGGCGUGGAGCCAGCUGCAGACACUGGUACACUCUGGGCCUCAAGGGGAACUGCAGGCACCCCCAAGUCUGCCACAGAGGCUGCACAACCCCCACAGCCUGCCACGAAGACCCCAGAAUGCCCCAAGGUUGCCACGGAAGCCCUGGAGCACCCCAAGACUACCACAGAGGCCCCAGAACACCCUGAGCCUGUCCCAGAGGCCCCAGAACACCCUGAGCCUGUCACUGAGACCCCGGGACACCCUGAGUCUGUCCCAGAGGCCCCAGAACACCCUGAGCCUGCCAUGGAGACCCCAGAACAUCCUGGGCUUGCCACAGAAGCCCCAGAACAUCCUGGGUCUGUCACGGAGACCCCAGAACACCCUGAGUCUGUCACUGAGACCCCAGGAUACCCUGAGUCUGUCACAGAGGCCCCAGGACACUCUGAGCCUGCCACAGAGGCCCCAGAACGUCCUGGGUCUGCCACGGAGACCUCAGAACACCCUGAGUCUGUUACUGAGACCCCAGAACACCCUGAGCCUGCCACAGAGACCCCAGAACAUCCUGGUUCUGCCACGGAGACCCCAGAACACCCUGAGGCUGUCACAGAGGCCCCAGAACAGCCUGAGCCUGCCACAGAGGCCCCAGAACAUCCUGGGUCUGCCAUGGAGACCCCAGAACACCCUGAGUCUGUCACUGAGACCCCAGAACACCCUGAGCCUGUCCCAGAGGCCCCAGAACACCCUGAGCCUGUCCCAGAGGCCCCAGAACAUCCUGGAUCUGUCAUGGAGACCCCAGAACACCCUGAGUCUGUCACUGAGACCCCAGGACACCCUGAAUCUGUCACAGAGGCCCCAGAACACCCUGAGCCUACCAUGGAGACCCCAGAACAUCCUGGGCCUGCCACAGAGGCCCCAGAACAUCCUGGGCCUGCCACAGAAGCCCCAGAACAUCCUGGGUCUGUCACGGAGACCCCAGAACACCCUGAGUCUGUCACUGAGACCCCAGGACACCCUGAGUCUGUCACAGAGGCCCCAGAACAUCCUGGGCCUGUCACCGAGACCCCAGGACACCCUGAGUCUGUCACAGAGGCUCCGGAACAUCCUGGGCCCGUCACCGAGACCCCAGAACACUCUGAGCCUGUCACAGAGGCUCUGGAACAUUCUGAGCCUGUCAUAGAGGCCCCAGAACGCUCUGAGCUUGCCACAGAAGCCCCAGAACACUCUGAGCCUGUCACAGAGGCUCCAGAACACCCUGAGCCUGUCACAGAGACCCCGGAACAUGCUGGGCCUGUCACCGAGAGCCCAGACCACUCUGAGCCUGUCACAGAUCCCCUGGAACAUUUUGAGCCUGUCACAGAGAUCCUGGAACAUCCUGGGCCUGCCAUGGAGGCCCCAGAAUACCCUGAGGCUGUCACAGAGGCCCUGGAACAUCCUGGGCCUGUCACCAAGACCCCAGAACACUCUGAGCCUGUCACAGAGGCCCUGGAACAUUCUGAGCCUGCCACAGAGGCUCUAGAACUUCCUGAACCUGCUAUGGAGGCCCUGGAGCACCCCAAGACUACCACAGAGGCCCCAGAACACCCUGAGUCCAUCCCAGAGACCCCGGAACAUCCUGGGCCUGCCACAGAGGCCCUAGAACAUUCUGAGCCUGCCACGGAGACCACAGAAUGCCCUGAGGCUGCAACUGAGACCCAGGAACAGCCUGAGCCUGCCACAGAGACCCUGGAACACCCUGAGCCUGCCACGGAGGCCCCGGAACACCCAGAGCCUGCCACGGAGGCCCCGGAACACCCAGAGCCUGCCAGGGAGGCCCCAGAACACCCAGAGCCUGCCAGGGAGGCCCCAGAACACUCAGAGCCUGCUAUGGAGGCUCUGGAGCACCCCAAGACUACCACAGAGCGGGAGCCCGUGCCGGGCCCGGGAAGUGGAACGUGGGCGCAGGUGGCACCAGGAGCCCCCAGCUCGUCCCCAGCACAGUCCCUGGAGAGCCCUGCCAGAGGCCCGCCCAGCGUGCCCCGGGACAGGGUCCUCGGCCCCGAGCCCUCUACUCCCCGUGUCCCCACAGAGGCACUCCUUGCUCCCUGCCCUUGCCAGGGCCCCAGGGAAGACUCAGUGGAGGGCAAGGAGCCCUCGGGCUCUCCGGGCCUCCAGCCACCACGGGCAGGAGCCCAGCGGGCGGCAGCUGCCUUCUCAGGAACCACAAAGCCUCCAGGGGCCGGGCAUCGUGUAGGCCUCCCGCCCCACUCCCCCCUCCUCAGCCCCAAAACGGCCCCUGUGGGGGACUCCCAUGCCAAAGACCAGGCCUGGAGGCUCUCGCCCCCCUGCCAAGUGCCUCCUGGCCCUCGAGGGCUCCCAGCCGCCGAGCAGCAGGAUGACCAGGACAGCCUGGAGGAAGGUGAGUGGGGGGCAGGGGAGGACACGGCAGGAGCGCAGUCCUGA